GCAGCCGACGCGCGCUCCCGGGAGGUGGCGGCAGCGGCGGCAGCAUCCGUAGCAUCAGCAGCCUCAGCAGCAGCCCCGGGCAGUCUCGGGCAGGGCAGGCCGGCGGGACAAACGGACAGAAGGCACAGGUCCCGCCAUGGAGGGAGCCUCCUUCGGCGCGGGCCGUGCGGGAGCUGCCUUCGAUCCCGUGAGCUUCGCACGGCGGCCCCAGACCCUGUUGCGGGUCGUGUCCUGGGUGUUCUCUAUAGCCGUGUUCGGGCCGAUAGUCAACGAGGGCUAUGUGAACGCGGACAGCGGUCCAGAGCUGCGUUGCGUCUUCAACGGAAACGCGGGCGCCUGUCGCUUCGGCGUCGUGCUGGGUCUCGGGGCCUUCAUCGCCUGCGCUGCCUUCCUGCUGCUGGACGUGCGCUUUCAGCAGAUCAGCAGCGUCCGAGACCGCCGCCGCGCAGUGCUCCUGGACCUGGGCUUCUCAGGGGUCUGGUCCUUCCUGUGGUUCGUAGGCUUCUGUUUCCUCACCAAUCAGUGGCAACGCACAGCGCCAGGACCAGGCACUGCGCAGGCUGGGGAUGCGGCGCGGGCCGCCAUCGCGUUCAGCUUCUUCUCCAUCCUCAGCUGGGUGGCGCUCACCGUGAAGGCCCUGCAGCGGUUCCGCCUGGGCACCGAUAUGUCUCUCUUUGCCACAGAUCAGUUAGGUGCUGGGGCUGCCCAGACCUACCCAGGCUACCCAGUGGGCAGUGGUGUGGAGGGCACAGAAACAUACCAGAGCCCGCCCUUCACCGAAACCCUGGACACCAGCCCCAAAGGGUACCAGGUGCCUGCCUACUAGUAGCUGUUAGGCUCCAGCCAGGGCUGGAAGGCCACCUCACCAUCGUAGGCCUCAAGGCCUCCUGGGACCUUUCCUGGGUCCUACCGUCCCAGUGCCAAGGACAGAGAAGGUGGCCACUGUGGGCCUCUGGGACCAAGGGGAGUAGCCUCCCUGGGGUGCCUGGACUGUCCCUAGUUAGUUCCCCCUAGUUAGGUCCUAGUCCUAAGGCCCUGAGAAGAAAACAGUACUGCCUGGAGUGGGCUGCCCUGGGAGGCAUUCCUUUCCAUAGGCCAGGCAACCGGUGGCUCACCUGUCCACUCUAGGGUCAGAAGUCCAGCUGCCUUCCAGGGCAGGGUGCAAGGGCUUCUGAGGACCAGGGAGAGGGAGACUAUUUGCACCCUAAGGUGGGGGUUAUGGCCCUUGUUCCCAGUCCCACGUCCCUGAGGGCAGUGACUGCCCUGGCUCCUAUCAUGGUGGUCCACCCUGUCCAGAGGCUCCCUGUACUUCCUCUUGCAGGAUCCCUAGAGCAGCUCAGCCCUGUCGGUGUUGUGAUUGUGAUUAAGUCUUCAGGUUUCAUCUCAUAGUGCCCCCAUAAGCUGCCCCCUCUCUGUGUGGCUCCUGCCCAGGUGUGGGUGCUUCUGGCCAGGAAGGCAUAGACAGCUAUGGGCCUGGGUACCUACCCUUCAGUAAGAAAGACCCUCCCUAGGGAGGAGUGAGGCAGCCGGGUACCCGGGUGACAGGCAGGACAAGCCUCUUACAAGAAGAGGACUAAAGGUCUCAUCUGCCCAGGGUGUCGCUGGAGAGAGUCAUUCCUGUAAAUGGCUUUACCUUGGUUUCCUGAACCAGUCCCUCCCUAUUCUAUCGCCUAUUCCCUUUUAAGGCCCAGACCAGGUCCCUGUGCGUAGCAGACUACUCAUGCAUUGCUUGAAGCUGGCUUUUCACAUCAAGUCAAAACCAAAUGCGUUGCCAUAUCUCCUUCUUCCAGACAAAAUGCCUCCCUGUGGAGUUGCAGUUGAAUGACAACCCUGUACGUUGUAGCAUAGACCAAUUAUGUGGAUAUUUAAGUGAACAUGUUUACAAUUUUUGUAUAUAUGGAUCUUUCCUCUCUCUUCUGAAAGAACAAUCCGUGAUUGUGUAUUUUCAGUGUCCCCUGUUACAACUGCAACUUCUUUACAAUAAAGACUGUAAACACAUUGACCACAA